AUGAAUGACCCUUUGCCAAGUGAAGCAACUGGGGUAGACCGGCUAGAACCCCAAAAUGAGGAACUCAUAAAUGUUAGGAAAACAUUUUUGGGAGAAGAGGAAGAUGAAUACACGAAGAGCAGUCGUCAGUAUUUAAGAGACCAGGAGAACUACGUGAAACGAAUAAAAACGUACAACGUAUGGGUAAAAAAGCCUGCACAUCUAUCUUCACUCCUUUUGGCUAGAAGUGGGUUUAUAUGUGAAAAUGAAACCACCAUAAGAUGCGAAAUGUGUAAAUGCAAAUUUGUGUACGAAAAGGACACGUAUUCCAUGUACACAAGAAUAAAUGACUUGUGUUUGCUCCAUUUGAAAAAUUGCCCGUGGAAAGGGAAGUUAAUGGAUCUGCAGAUUCUCCAUCUCGAUGGGGAAUCUUUAAAAAGGGAGAACCUACUUAGGGAGUACCAAAAUGUUACCACGCUCCUGCAAAAUGGUACACACGAUGUGCCAUAUAUUGACAUAAAAAAAACGAUUAGCGACUUUCUUCUAAUUGUUAAAAAGUAUCUAACGAAUGAGGACUCGAAGAAGAAGUUUCUUCUCUUCAAUUCUUAUGUAGAAUUAUUCAAGAGCCACUAUGUGGAAAUAUUUCAGAGUCACAAAAAUCUGGUCGACCGAGGAAUACAGCUUAUUGGAAAGAAGUGUAAACAUUUGAAGAACCACCUUGUGGAUGAAGCCUUUCUGAAGAGUCUGACAUACGACCCCCUAGAUGUACACACAUACAUAAACAUCGUAGGAGAUGCGAAUGACAGAACACAGAAACUAAGCCACCCCAAUGAAGACCUCAAUAUGUACUUCAAAAUUGUAAAGCAGCUGAAAAAUUGUGAAUACGAAGAUAUCAAUAUUUACAAGCUAAUCGCCUUGUUAGGGUGGACAUAUAAAACUUCUCCGGAGGGGGAGGACCCUGACGUCUCUUCCCACAUCCUCUACUGUAGGUACUGCUUUAGGGAGGUUAAUUUGGCUGAUUAUUCUACCCUUGCGAGAAAGCAUAACAAGUUGGAUUUGUUCAAGACCAUAGAUAUAGAGCCCUCCGGGGAGGCCCCAAAACAGUCGCUAGACGGUGCGCGGGACGCGCUGGAACGCCUUACUGGGUUGGCGGAUGGUUGGAUUGAAACGGACGAGGAGGAGGAAUCCCAGGAAGGCGAAGAAGGCGAGGAAAAGGUGGAUGAAGAAAGGGAUGGCGAAGUAAGAAUGUCUGCGGGAGAGGAGGCAAGAGGAGAUGAGGCAGAAGUGGAGGAAACAGAAAAAGGAGUGGUAGAAAAGGAGCAGGAAGAAAUUAAGGGCGUAGAAGAGAAGGGUGGAGAACCACUGGGGGAAGGAAAUAAAAGCAAUGAAAAGGAGGGUAACGGAAAUGUAAGCGAGGACGCGAACAUUGCCCCCAAUGAGGAAGGCGGCACAAAAGACCUUCCUGACGAGGGCAAAAGCGAAGACCAAGAGAACGCCGAGGAGCAGGAAGGUUUUUCCUUCAAGUGGAGCAUCAAGCAGUUCUUUCUCCCAAAAAAGAGCACCGAGAAUGAGGAUAAAAAUGAGAACCCUGAUGACAACUCGCCAAGUGAAUGCUCCCCGACGAGCGUCAACCAGGGAGGAUUAGCCCAAAAUAAAGAAGGAAACGCGCCAUGUGCAAGGAAAAGAAUAAAAAAAAAAGUGCAAUUGGAAAAUAUACUUAGUCGUGUAUUCCUCGAGAUAAGUAGGUACACUGAGGACGAAAAUUUAUUUAGCAAAGCUGAGCAUGAUUGUUACGUAUUGAGAGGGGGUCCCCACUUGGCCCAUUUGGAUAAGGAGCGCACGACAGCGGACAUCGGUACGGAUGGGGGCAACUACACAGAUAAUACUGUGGGCUCAGAUGAAACAGCUGGCACCACACGGAAGCGAACCAUUCGAGCGUUUAACUUGAUUGAGAACCACCGAGCCUUUUGUCCAUACAUGACAGAAGACUUGUACUCGUUCUCUAAGAUAACGAAGCUCCUGUUCGAGUUGGUCAUGUCAGAGUUUCAGCGACGAUACGUCAUGAGGUAG